CUUGAUACAAUUACCAAUUACUUCGUAGUAUUUUCACUAAAAAUAUCUUAUAGUUUUGUAUUUCCCCUGUAUUCUUUGUGUGCUUUUCCUCACCGCAUUCUAAACGCCUUUACCGGAAAACAUGCGGAAACUCCGGCAAGCUGUCUCUCUCACUCGUCUUUCUCUCUCUUCACUACAAUGCCAUCCAAAAAUGGCGUCUUUCACAUCCACCAAUUUCCUUCCUUCUAGAACCCUCUGUAAUCUUCUGGAAUCACCACUUCCAUCAUCAUCUUCUUCUUCUUCACUGCGUUCUUUUUAUGCUGCUUCUCUUUGCAAUUCUAGAACUUUCUCUACCAAUGUUGUCGACGAAUCUCAAGUUCCCGUUCCCGUCGAUUAUAGUUCUGUGCUUCAGGAAGACGAGUUUCAUCGGCUAGCGGAUUCCACCAUUCAUCAUCUGCUCGAGAAACUCGAGGAAUAUGGUGAUAGUGUUGAUGUUGAUGGGUUUGAUGUAGAUUAUGGGAAUGAAGUUCUCACCAUGAAACUAGGGGAUCUGGGCACUUACGUGGUGAAUAAACAGACGCCGAACAGACAGAUCUGGUUGUCUUCUCCAGUCAGUGGUCCUUCAAGAUUUGACUGGGAUCCCAGCACUCAAGCCUGGAUUUAUCGUCGAAAUAAAGCAAGUUUGCUGGGAAUUUUAGAGGUCGAGCUGAAGCAGCUGUGUGGUGAAUCUGUCAACCUCUUUUAAGCUUUUUUCAUAUAUUUGUGUUUUGUCCGUGGAAUGAGACACCACCUUUUUACGAGGAACUUUGUUACGCAACUAGGUAUACCACAAGAGAUAGGUCUACCUAAGGGAAUAUAUAUAUAUUUUUUUUAUAUCUUUUA